AUGGUUCACGACAAGGGUUUCAACUGGGGUUUGGAGUCUAAUAUGGUGAGAGAGUUCCAGGGUAUGCCAGGACAGAGUUUCGUAUCAAGCAUAUAUCCCCAGACCUAG